AUGGCCCCAGAGGGCGCGAAACCGACCUCCAAAUCGAAGAUUCUGCCCAGAGUAGAUUGCGAGCAUGAGGGCAUACUGCUGCCCCUGGAUUGCUCCUUUUACCAAGUGAAGACACCGAUGGAGAUCCUUCGAUGUCCACCACGUAUCAGUUCACCGCUGGGUCUGGCCAACCCCAAGGACGCGUCGGACAAGUGGCUGACCACCUCGCUCAAACUCAACAACAACAGCAUCGAAGACCUCGACGAUCUGCCGCGCGCCAUUGGCGGCCUCUUCCCCAGCGAAAACUGGCUCACGUGGCUCGACCUCUCGUGCAACCUCUUGCCGCGAGUGCCCCCCGAGUUGCUGCAGCUGACCAAUCUGAAAAUUCUCUACCUGCACAGCAACCGGAUUAAGACGACGAAGGAGCUCAUUAAGCUCCAGCCCCUGCAGAACCUGACCAAACUGACCGCCCACGGCAAUCCCGCCGAGCUCGAACCCGGGUACUUCGUCACGGUGCUCUCUGUGCUGCCUAACCUCCUUAAGCUCGACUUCACUGGCAUCUCGUUGAACGAGCGAUUAGCAGCCAGCAGGGUGCGUCAAGCUAGCUAA